AUGCCCCAUGCCCCCUUCCCACUGGCUACCCAGGACCGGCCGGACCACAUUCCUCCGCGGGAAUUUCGGGCACCGAAGCUGCUCAUCUGGCAUCAGGGUCUCAAUAUCAUCUGCCGGGACGGCCCUCGCCUGGCGUGCACCCCGGGCCGCGCCGACCGACCCCGCGAGACCGCGGACGCCCCCACGCUCUGGGAGAGGCCGCGCUGCAGCACAUGCGCACGGCCGGCACAGCCCGAGAGCGCCAGCGCGCCUGCGCCCGGGCGCGUCCAAGUCCCGUUUCCCCCUCCCCCCGUCCUCGCGCGGAUGGUUCCGGCCGCGGCGGGGCGGGGCCUGGCUGCCGCGCGAAAAUCGGUCUCCAGCCCCAGUUCCCUGGCUGUCCCUGGCUCCCCAGAGCACUCUUCUCCAGGCAAGAAGACAAAGAAGGCCGCCAUCUCAGCAGAUCAGCUGUCCCCUCUAGCAGCUGAGGAGGACAAGGUCCCGUCAAAGGUCACCUUCUCUGAGCUCAAGUCGUGCCUGCAGCGGGCGUGGGAGCUGGGGGCACGGGUCCAGGAGCUGAGAACAAGUGCCCAGAGGAAGGAUGCUGAGGAACCCAGCGCGCCAGAGGCCGAGGGGCACCCAUUGGGGCCAUGUGGAGAGAAGGUGCCCGCCUACCAGCGCUUCCACACCCUGGCCCAGCCCGGACCCCCGGGCCUCGUGCUGCCCUAUAAGUACCUGGUGCUGGCCGAGAUGUUCCGCAGCAUGGACACCAUUGUGGGCAUGCUCUACAACCGCUCUGAGACUGUGACCUUCGCCAAGGUCAAGCAGGGCGUCCAGGACAUGAUGCGCAAGCGCUUUGAGGAACGCAACGUGGGUCAGAUCAAAACUGUGUACCCUGCCUCAUACCGCUUCCGCCAGGAGCGCGAUGUCCCAACCUUCAAGGACAGCAUCAAGAAGUCUGAUUACCAGCUCACCAUCGAGCCGCUGCUGGAGCAGGAGGCCAGUGGCGCGGCCCCCCAGCUCACAGCCUCGCGUCUCCUGCAGCGACGUCAGGUCUUCAGCCAGAAUUUGGUCGAGCGUGUCCGGGAGCACCACAGGGCCUUCCUGGCCUCCCUGCACCCCCCCGUGGUGGUGCCCGAAGACCAGCUGAUGCGCUGGCAUCCCCGCUUCAACGUGGACGAAGUGCCUGACAUCGAGCCGGCCGAGCUGCCCCGGCCGCCCACUAUGGAGAAGCUGGCCACGGCCCAGGAGGUGCUGGCCCGUGCCCGCAGCCUGAUGUCACCCAGGAUGGAGAAGGCCUUGAGUGACCUGGCCCUGCGCACAGCCGACCCCAGCAGCCUCAGGUCCCCCAGCCCAGCACUGCCAGCCACUCCACCUGCCACCCCGCCCACUGCCCUAAAGGGGGUGUCCCAGGCCCUGCUGGAGCGGAUCCGGGCCAAGGAGGUGCAGAAGCAGCUGGCACAGAUGACGCGGCGCCCAGAGCAGGAGCAGCGGCUGCAGCAGCUUGAGCGGUUGCCCGAGCUGGCCCGCGUGCUGCGCAGUGUCUUCGUGUCUGAGCGCAAGCCAGCGCUCACGAUGGAGGUGGCCUGCGCCAGGAUGGUGGGCAGCUACCGUGCGGCCAUGAGCCCUGGGGAGAUGGAGAAGCAUGUACAGCUUCUCUCUGAGCUGCUGCCUGACUGGCUCAGCCUCCACCGCAUCCGCACUGACACCUACAUCAAGCUGGACAAAGCCGCUGACCUGUCAGGCAUCACUGCACGGCUGGCUCGCCUGGCCCAUGCCGAGGCGGCGCUGUGA